UUAUCUAGAAAUAAAAACAUGAAGAGGAAUUUCAGUGACGGUUCUUUGAUGCGUAGUACAGCAGGCUGUCUUCCAAUCCCACUCUUCAAUCAGAAAAAAAGGACCAAACAACCACUCACGUCAAAUCCACUUAAACAUGAGCCAAGCAGUAACAAUUCAGCUGAUCAUUUCAAUUUCUCAGCCUUGCUUGCAGAUUUCGGAUGGGAAACUGAGAAGCCAGAAUCGAUCCAACUGCAGAAAACAGUAGGCACCAACCCAACCGAGCUUGCUACUUUGUCCAGGCAACAACACACAUCAAAGCCGACAAUGCCUCAAGCAGGAAGCAACUCGAAGAACCGGAGGCAGGAAGAAAGUACUAAUGUUUGGAAAAGAAAUGACUUCCCAGCUUUCGGCCGCAGAACGGAGGACAAAAAGCUUUCACAACUGGAUGACCAUCCCAGUCCUUGGAUGAAGCCAGGGGCCAUGUACCAGAAAUCAGCUGGCCUGCCCCAGGCAUCGCAGAGAAGCAGAAGAGAAGAGGCAGAAGACUGGGAUCCAGCUGCUUCCCAGUGGCCUGCAGUUCCAACAGCCAGGCUGAGAAAUCUGCAGACUCAGGAUCCCUGCUACACAUUUAAACCCAGCCCUGGCCCACAAAACACCCGCAAGGAAAAAGCUGACCCUGCGCAAAGCAACAAAACCAUUCAGAAAAGGCCAGCAGGCCACUCGAAAGUGAAGGAAAAAGAGAAUUCUCUCCGAAUUUUAUCUGCUGUCAUCGAAAGCAUGAAGCACUGGAGUCAGUAUUCUAAUAAAACUCCCCUGUUGUUUGAGGUACUGGGUGUUCUGGAUUCUGCUGUAACCCCUGGACAAUUUGGGUCAAAAACUUUCCUUUUGAGAGAUGGAAAAGAAACCGUGACAUGCGUAUUUUACGAGAUUGAUCGCGAGCUGCCAAGAUUAAUCAGAGGCCGCGUCCACAGAUGCAUGGGGAAAUACGAUGUAAAACACAAAGUGUUCAAGUGUGUAUCCGUGAGGCCAGCGACAUCUGCUGAACAGCAAACUUUCCAGGGUUUUGUUAAGGCCGCUGAUGUGGAGAUGUGCCAAUUUCUGAAAACAUGCAACGAAAUGUAAACAUCUUGGAUGCAGCUCAGAAAUCUUUGAAGAAACAGGUCACAUUUUCGGUGUGUGUGUGUCUCUUCCACUGGAUGUUGUAACACAAAAGUCGUGCUAGAAAUCCUAUUUAUUUGUCGUUGCUCACGUGAAAGCAUUGUCAGCAAUGUCAAU